UGGUACGUGCUGCUUCGGCGUAGUUUCCCCCUAUUCAACUCCAAUUUUCCGAGCGACUUGGCCUAUUGUUUGGCCGUAGUCCAAUGACGAACAUGUGUGUGGGGUUUUAGUAGAGAAAGAAGCAGCGGCGGCGGAGGAUACAGUAGGCAGUUAAUGGCCAGUUGCUUUCUGGAUGCGUUGGGGAGUUAUACACGUCCACUCUAUGUGACAUUAGUAUUGUCAUCGUCGUGACACACACACACACGCACAACGUUACCAGUUUGUACAUGUACCACCAUCAACCACUUCCAUAUAAACUCUACCUACAGGAUGGUGUGCACCAGAAAAAAGAGGAGCAGUACCAGAAGUGGCAGAAUUUCAAGGUCAACCAGCGCAACGAGAAACAUGCUACCCUAAAGAAGAAGAUAGCCCUACAGCACGAGCUCAUCCAGGCCAACGACGAAUUGCACUUUCAGCGGCAGGUGCAUGAGCAGCGUCGCCAGUCAGAGAUUCUUGAGGCCGAACGUCAGGAGCGACGACAACGACAGGAAGCGUUGACAAAUAGAGGCAAAAUUGACCUGGAAAGUGAAAGAAAAGAAGCUCGAACAAAACGUCGCGCAGAACGAAAGCUCGCAGCCAAACUGCAACAAACGUCUCUGGAACCCACCGAGGGUAAACAAGGGAGCACCGCAGCUCUGGGCAGCAGAAAGCGUAGCGUCUUACUGCAGCGUGGGGAAGCUCACGGCCGAUUGUCUGUCGUGUCUAGUAGUGACGAGGAAGAAGAGGAGAAUGGGGAUAGGUUCAUGGAGGAAGAUGGUGAGCCACUUAUUUAUCAACAAGACCUUCAGAAGAUCUUUGGUUCAAAGCAAGCUGCCUACUUCUUGAGACCGAGGUUUGAACCAGAACAAAAGAAAGUGAUUCCAGUUCCUCAGUCACUUCAAAAACAAGGAGGUCGUGCAGGCGUGAAUGCCCUUUGGGGUACCUUAAGAGAUGACUCGACGGUGAAGCUUCAGAAAGCUGAUUCUAAGAUCCCUCAGGAGCUCAAGGCAGCCUAUGGUGCCUUCGUCAGAGAGUGUCUGACACAUAAUAAGACAGUCGCUAAGAGAAGCUUCUACAGCGAGGAAGGGAUUCCAGAUGGAGAGAAGCUUCAAGAUGGUAGUUACCACCAACGAGUCAAAGACGUCCAGAAGAAAGUAGAGCUGAUGUAUCGAGCAGCCAUGACCAACGAAGACAAAGCAGCCGUUUUACUCUUCAAUAAUCCGAUACCAGACUAUAAUAAUCUGAAGGGAACAGAGGGACCGCUUCGAUAUCAUCCAUCUUGGAUUGAUGAGGACGACUCUGAUGAAGACGAACCUACUUACAAAAAGUGGCUUCGAGAGGUUCCCUCCCCCUGGCCCCAGCAGCUUCCUCCUUUAGAGACCCUUCCAGCUACCCCCAGCAGACCUCAACGAGACGGUGACAACGACGCUAAUGACGAUGACGACUCCAUGAGUUGGGAUUCACUUCCUGACAUCCCUAAAGAUGAUCAACCCAAGGCUGCUAAAGAGAAAGCCAAACCUCUGUCGUUUCUCACAGAGGAGGCGGCCACUGUCCCAGGACAGUUCCGCAAGAGGUGGGAUCAGAAGCGGGAUGCUACUGGGAGGUUUAUACCUGGGAAAGAGGUGAUGACGAGGGCAUCUCUUGGAGAUGGUGAGCCGGAGACUAAACAAGCUCUAAGUCUGCGGAAGACUCGUUCAAGUACAGCCCCUGCGGUCUCAUCCUCCCUAACAUCUCAACCAAGGAGUGACGGACGGCAACGCUCGGAGCGUAAAGUCCAGACAGCUAGGAAGGACUGGCAGCCACUAAGUCUGACUGCCUUAGAAGACUACAAGCCGGCUGUUCACAUGGUGGGGGGAGGAGACUUUGCACAGGGCCAGGAAUUUAUGUGGAAGCCGAUUGUUGCUACGGAUACUGCUGGGAAGCUGUAAUGCAGGCCUGAUACGGAGGCAACGAAGCUGAUUGCCUCCAUGCCCCCUGGUCAUUGCCUUGGUGCCCUUAGAAGGCUACAAGCCGGCUGUUCACAUGGUGGGGGGAGGAGACUUUGCACAGGGCCAGGAAUUCAUGUGGAAGCCGAUUGUAGCUACGGAUACUGCUGGGAAGCCGUGACGCAGG